UUCCGGAAUCUCCAUGGAUCGGACUGGGCAGGCGCUGUGUGUGCGAUGAAGUGGUUUCCGCUCACUAUGUACCAGCUGUAAACAUGGCGGAGGAGCUGUUGGAGGCAGUGGAGAAGUUGCAGUCACGGCUUUCAGAGAACCAGGAGCCUCGUAAGCUGUUGAAAACACUUAAGAGAUUGGGAGAACUGCCCAUAACAGUGGACAUUCUUGUGGAAACUGGCGUUGGAAAGACUGUCAAUUCUCUGCGCAAACAUAACAUUGUGGGGGAGACUGCAAAAGAUCUUGUGGCCAAGUGGAAGAAGCUGGUUCCUCAGUCUGCAGAUAGCAGACCAAGUAAUGCUAAAGAGGCUCGCUCCCACUCACGUCCAGACAAGUCCAGAGGUUACAAACGCACCAGAGAACCUUCACCAGAACAACCGCCACCCAUAGAGGAUGAGGAGGAUGAACAAGAAUAUCAACAAGACUACUCCCCCUCCUCCCCACAGCACUACAGUCAAGAGUACAGCCACAGAAGUUUAGGGGGUUAUCAGUCAGAGGAAUAUGAGAGUCCAGUAGAUGAGCCGGUACCUAGUCCUCCACAGAAACCAACUAGACACAGCAAAUCACACAGGGAGCAAACCAGAGAACAUGGCUCUCAUUCCUCCAGGGAACAGCAAAGGCGGAAUCGCUCAGCUCAGUUUCAGAGCGGGGCACCGAUUCGCCAUGAUAAUAGGGAACAGAAAGAAAUCACGACACACCCAUCAUCCAAACGCAGUCUUCAGUCCUCCAUACAGGAAAGUAGGAAAGAAAAGAAGAGAGUCAGUGAUGGCAGGGAAAAAAGAGACAAGCCAGAGCCCGAGGAUGAUGAUGAUGAUGAUGAUGAUGAUAAUUCCUUUGAAACGCCUACUAUGUCUUUUGAAUCCUUCCUCACAUAUGAUGAACCUACUCACAGUAAGAAAAAGAAGAAACUCUCUCGACCAUCUCACCCUGUUACCCCUGCUGCUUCAGUAUCCUCCAAGUCCAGUAAGGCUAAUGGAACUAGCUUUAAACGGCCUGAACCUACUACCGCAUCAGUAUCCACACCCACAGUACCACCCACAACGCAGGAGAAACGCAGGAAGGUUACCCCUCAGAUCAUUGAUGUGGUGCCCACUCUACCCGAUAUUCCGUUGCCAGCAAUUCAGCCCAACUACAGACCCCUGCCCUCAAUAGAUGUCACACCUCUGUCCCCACAGAGACGCAAAGUUCCCAUAGCAUAUGAGGAAGAGGAUGCUGGCUUUACUGGGCGGCGUUUCAACUCCAAAAUGGUUGUGUACUCUGGCUCAAAGUCCUCAUACUUGCCCAAGAUGAUGACCCUGUAUGAGCAGUGCAUUAGAGUUCUGCAGAACAAUAUUGAUUCAAUCGAUGAAGUUGGUGGUGUGCCUUAUGAGAUUUUGGAGCCAGUUUUGGAGAGAUGUACUCCAGAACAGUUGUACCGCAUUGAACAGUGUAACCAGUCUUUUACAGAGGAAUCGGAUGAGCUGUGGAUGCGGCACUGCCAGCGGGACUUUAAGCGCGAGUCUCCUCAGGAGUAUGAGUCCUGGAGAGAGCUAUAUCUGCGCCUACACGAUGAACGGGAGGAGCGUCUGCGCAAGCUUACACAGAAUAUCAGCUCCGCCCAUGCCAAUAAACCCAAAGGUCGCCAAGUAAAGAUGGCUUUUGCUAAUCCCCCUCGUGAUGUUCGGAGGAGGCAGGAGAAGUUUGGAACUAAAAACGGCUCGACCAGCACCAGUGUUAGUGCUGCGGCUCCUAUCCCAGUCAAAAUCCGACCAUCAAUGCCACAUAGCUCCUACAGUCAGUCGAGUGAUGCUGGCCAGUCUUCCUAUAACAGUCCUCCUGAGCCAUCUCCUUCUCAUGCACCAAGCAGCAGUUCUGGCCAUAGCUUUAGAGACAAACCACAGGUCAAAAAAAUUGCCCCUAUGAUGGCUAAAACUAUCAAAGCCUUUAAGAACAGGUUUUCUCGGCGGUGAAGGAUGGACGAGAAAAAGCAUUUGUCUCAUGACUAUAGAGUCCAUUCUCAUGUUAAAGUAACGCUUAAAGCUGCAAUGCCCGCUCUCCUCUUUUUUUUUUUUUUUUCCUCCUUUGUACAUUUAACUGUGGAUAUGCAGAUCACUGGAAAACAAAGCAACCAGCAGAAAGACUUCUUGUCCUAGGAUGUGAUCACGUUCCAAGAUUUACACACUGUACAGUACAGUACACUACAAUGGAACAUUAGAUUUUAUGUUUUUAUUAUGGUUAUUUAAUUACAAACAAAAUUUAUCUACAUUUUGCUCCUAAUGACAACACAGGACAUCCAUAACAGUGUGAUUGUAAGUGUUUGUUGUUUCACUUUGAGUUUAUUCACAAUCAUAAAAAAAACAAAAAAAAACCAUGUACGCUAUACUGGGAGAACGUGAGUGGAACUGGGUCCAUGAUGAGACCACACACAUUCACUUGACUAUUUAUUUUAAAUCCGUGGUCCUGGUGAAUUUGGGCAAGUGAAAUGUAAGGACGACGAUCAAAAGAAUAAUUUUAAUGCAUUUUAAUAAAUGUUAUAUGGACAUUUUUAAUAAAAUGUACAUUUCCCCUGA